AUGAGAAUGUCAAUGAUGGCGGGAAGCUCUGGUUACUUGGAGAUGCAUCCUGAAAGGAAAAUCUCAUUUUUUCAGAACUCUUACAUCGUCGGUAUCACUUUUGCCGCCGGCAUUGGUGGUCUUCUCUUCGGCUAUGAUACUGGUGUGGUGUCAGGGGCCCUUCUGUAUAUUAAAGAGGAUUUUGAGGUGGUCAAGAAUAGUAGCUUCCUUCAGGAAUUAAUUGUUGGCAUGGCCUUGAUUGGUGCAAUUUUCGGCGCAGCCAUUGGUGGUUGGAUUAAUGAUUCUCUGGGACGCAAGACCGCCACUAUAAUUGCAGACAUAAACUUCGUCGUCGGAUCACUUAUAAUGGCUUUUGCACCAAAUCCUUUCGUUAUCAUAGGUGGUCGUUUUCUGGUUGGGCUUGGUGUUGGUGCUGCCUCUGUUACUGCCCCUGUCUAUAUUGCAGAAGCAUCACCUUCUGAAAUUAGAGGAGGAUUGGUCAGUGCCAAUGUCCUUAUGGUCACCGGUGGACAGUUUCUUUCCUUUGUGGUCAACUAUGGUUUGACAAGAGUUCCUGGAACAUGGCGUUGGAUGCUUGGACUUGCAGGUUUGCCAGCUGUCGUUCAGUUUAUUCUCAUGGCCUUUCUCCCUGAGUCCCCCAGAUGGCUUUAUUUGAAGAAUAGGAAAGAAGAAGCGGUUAGGGUGCUUUCUAAGAUAUAUUCAUCACCACGGUUGGAGGAUGAGAUUAGUAUUCUAGAAGAUCACAUGGAGCGCGAACGCAGAAAUCAGAAAAAAGUUAGCUACAGUGAUGUUUUCAAGAUGAAAGAAAUAAGACUUGCAUUCAUAUGUGGGGCUGGACUUCAGGCAUUCCAGCAGUUUACUGGUAUAAGCAUAAUAAUGUACUACAGUCCCACCAUCAUACAGAUGGCUGGCUUCAAGUCAAAUCAAGCAGCAUUGUUCCUUUCACUCAUUGUUUCUGGAAUGAAUGCAGCUUUUACUGUUCUUGGCAUUUACCUUAUUGACGUUUUAGGACGAAAAAAGCUUGCUCUUGGUAGCUUAUCGGGUGUGGUCGCAUCCUUGGUCAUCCUCUCUGCAUCAUGUUAUAUUAUAGGACAUGGACAUGGCAACACAAGUCAAACAUUUGCUUGGCUUGCAGUUUUUGGUUUGGCUUUGUAUAUUGCUUUCUUUGCACCAGGAAUGGGUCCUGUACCAUGGGCUGUGAACUCUGAGAUUUAUCCAGAAGAGUAUAGAGGUAUAUGUGGUGGCAUGUCAGCAACAGUGAACUGGAUUUGUAGUGUCUUAAUGUCCACCAGCUUCCUCUCAGUUGUUGAUGCUGUAGGGCUUGGUGAGAGUUUCAUGAUUCUCUUGGCAGUAGCAGUGAUUUCAAUUGGUUUUGUACUCAUCUACAUGCCAGAGACUAAAGGAUUGACGUUUGAGGAAGUGGCAAGCAUUUGGAAGGAAAGAGCCUAUGGGAAGGACAAAAACAAAGAAAGCCUUGCUGAGCAAGCAACCUCGAGUACCUGA